AUGGAGUCUGGAGAGCCACUAAUUGCUCAGAAACUCACCCAUCUGUUUGCCAGUCCGAUCGCCAAUAACUAUUGCCAACGAAAACUAUAUGAUCUUGUAAGCAUUUUGUCUCAAGAGGAGCAAGAUUUCAUCUUCCGAACCUCGUCGUUGACCAUUACCUGGCUUGGAAUUCGUCUAAUUGAUGGGAAAUGGCAGUGGUCGAUUAACGGUGAAAUGGUCGAGGCAUCUUUCACUAAUUGGGAGAACAAUGUGAUGCCAAAUGACCCGAAAAAGACAUGUGCCGUUUUUGAUGGAUGGGCGAAUGGAGUGUGGAGAGCCGUCGAUUGCAACCAACAAUAUCGUUCGAUUUGCAAAACGGGUACGAACCUUUUUGUUGAUUUCGUUUGGCUU